AUGAGCUUAAAGCUUUUGAUUGACACCAAGCCAAACCAAACCAAAGACACACUUCUCCAACCCAAAAUCCCUGUUGGCCGAACCACCUAUUCAACUACCCUUCUUACCCUUUCCCCUGAAGACGUGAAAUGGGAAAAAGUCGUUUACAGAUGCGGCAACUGCGGUUACUCUCCAGGGUAUUUCAGCGAGGAGCCUGGUGUUAUCUGUCCUAAUUGCAAGAACUACAUGCAUGACAAGUUGAAAUGUGUUCCUUCUCCGGAAGUGAGUGAAAGACAAACAAGUACUGGCGGAAACGUGGAGCUAGAAAAUGCCGGAUUUGUGAAAGGGAUAGUUACCAAUAUGGUGAUGGACGACUUGGUGGUGAAGCCGAUGUCUACCAUUUCUAGCAUCGCUCUUUUGAAUAAGCUGAAUGUGCAGGAAGUUGGAGCCCUUCAAGAGAAAUUGGUCGACCUACCGCAUUGA